CGAGACACAGAGCUGUUUCCCGAGUUUUGGAGUUCUCUCUGGUCCUGCUGAGUGGCGAGCGGCUGUGAUCUGCCUUCUGGGCGAAAAGCCAUUCGACAAGCGGCUGAUUUUCGGUGAGCGGCGUGAGUCGUCGAGGCAAGAGAGUCUUUCACUCGAUAGGCACACGACACACAAGAUGUCCACCCUAUGGAAGCUCACGCAGAUGUGCUGCGACAUUGCCGGCAACACUACCCGUAAGACACACACUCGGCGGCCUGCAAGGCUGUGCUGCUGGGCUGAGCUGGUCUGCGCUGGCUGACGCCCGGCCGAGGGACUGCUGGGCUGGGCGAGCGAGGCAGCGGGUGUGCCGUCCACCUGUAGCUAGAUCCGUAGCCUCUGGCAGGGUGAAAGUGUAGCGCAUCUGACAGCCGCAUCGCAUCGCUGGGAGCAACCUGACUGACCUGCAGACAGACAGGCAGGAGGGCAGGAGGCGGUGGACGUGUGUGUCCGUGGUGCCAUUGUGUCUGGUGUGGUGUCUGGAUGUGUGUCUGUGGGUCUCUGUGUGUGUGUGUGUGUGCAGCAACCAUGAACGGGCAACACAUGAACGAGGAGGUAGCCAACAGCAAGGUCGCUCUCGAGGACGGUGCAAUAUGUGCAUGUGUGUGUGUCUAUGUGUGUGCCUCCAGGUGGUGCGAGAGAUGCGUCGCCAGACGUUCCGCGACUGUCGUGCGGUGAGGCCAACACACACAAAUUGAUUGACACAGCUCAUGUGACGGAGACGAGAGGGUGGGGGGGCUGGUGUGUCUGUCAAUCCACUGUGUGUGCAGGAGUUGGCCAAGCUGAUCAACGAGACGAACUGCCACCCCAUAAUGGUGCGGCUGGCCUGGCAUGACGCCGGCACAUACGACUGCAAGACAGCCGUAAGACGCAGACACCGCACACUCGCGCUCGCUGACACAAGCCAGCAAGCCACAGACAUUCUGUAUGUGUGAUGUGUGAUGUGUGUCGGUUGCAGGUGGGCGGUGCGAACGGUUCCAUUCGUUUCGAGCCCGAGAUCAACCACGGUGCUAAUGCGGGUCUCAAAAAGGGACUGGAGCUGCUGCAGCUCAUCAAGGACAAAUUCCUCGACGUGUCGUGGGCCGACCUCAUCCAAAUGGCCAGCGCCACAGCCAUCGAACUCGCGGGCGGCCCACGCAUCCCUAUGAAGUGAGCAAGGCAACCACCUCACCACCUCACCACCGCACCCAUGUGAUUGAUGUGUGUUCUGCACUGCACACCCUCCCUCCCUCCCUCGCGUGUCGUCUUAUGUUAUGUGUGUGUAAAGGUAUGGGCGAUUGGACGUGUUUGGCGGGGCCGACUGCCCGCCUGAGGGCAACCUGCCUGCCGGCGGUGCUCCGUGGCCCGCGGGCGCAGACGGCCCUCAGAAACACAUCCGGGACAUAUUCUAUCGGUGAGGGAGGGAGGGCAGGGGAGGGGAGGGGAGUGGAGGGGCAGAGAGAGAUCACAGAGAGAAUGAGCUGCUGGAUGGGAACGGGAUGUGUGUGAAUAUGUUUCAUCAGCAUGGGAUUCGGUGACAAGGAGAUCGUGGCCCUGUCGGGAGCGCACACACUGGGCCGCGCUCGAACGGUAUACACACAAACACAACACACACAAAGGUCGGAUGACCGACCGGUAUGUGAAAGUGUAUGUCCUUCUCUCUCUCUCGUGUCCUGGCACGGCGCACACAACAGGAUCGCAGUGGGUUUGGUGCUGGCGACGAGGGUUCCAAGUACACGGCGGGCGACGUCAAGCCACGGGGCGACGGACAGGAGGGAUACGGUAGGCACAUAGACACGACACACACGUGCAGAGGGAGAGUGAGUAACAUCGAGACCUACCUUUCAUUUGUAUGGUGUGUGUCAGGCAAUCCCGGCGGCAAGUCGUGGACCCCCAACUGGCUCAAGUUCGACAACUCGUAAGCCAUAAGGGAGAGAGAGCAUACACACACACUUGCUUUGCUUGUGCACGCACUGCACGGAGCUGUGUGUCCCCGGGUGGGAUGGGGUGAUGCAGGUACUUCACGGUGCUGAAGGACAAGAUGAACGGCGACCUGCUCGCACUCGACACCGACAAGUGCCUCUUCGAAGGUGAUCUGAUCAGAUCUGACAACACUCACACACAUAUGCCAGCCGCAACACCGAUGCAUCCAUAUUUCUUUCCCUGUCAGAUGCUGCCUUCAAGCCCUUCGCCGAGAAGUACGCCGCCGACGAGUCGGCAUUCUUCAAAGACUACGCCAUGGUCUGUUUGUCAGUGAGUCCAGCCUGCACAAGACAAGACACGCGUCCAUCCCACUCUGACUGACUGACCGGUCUGUCCUUUCCUGUGCACACGCGUGUGUCAGGCCCACAAGGCGUUGAGUGAGUUGGGCAGCAAGUGGGAGCCUGCGGACGGCAUGUACAUCGACCCACCAACCGUCGAACGGCUCCAGGAGUGCCAGGAGGUCACACACACACACACACACACAGGAGGCACACGAGCGGCAUUCAGCCUUUCCUUGCCUUGCGCAUCACUGCCGUCGCCGCGCAUCCAUCGUGUCGUGUUUGUCGUGUGUGCAUUGCAGGUGUUGAAGAAGAUGGUCGACGAGGUGAACUGCCACCCCAUCCUCAUCCGGCUGGCCUGGCACGACUCGGGCACGUAUGACGCCAAGAUGCCGGUACCUACCUGUCCUGUCACACACACGAUAGACAUGCACACCUGCACCCUCUCUCCUCCCCGCCCGCCACUCACUAACAAUCAGAUGACCGAUUGGCCCAACUGCGGCGGUGCCAACGGGUCGAUCCGUUUCGAGCCGGAGAUCAACCACGGUGCCAACGCGGGUCUGCAGAACGCCCUGAACCUGCUGAAGCCCAUCAAGGCGUCCUUCCCCGAGAUCAGCUGGGCCGACCUCAUGCAGAUGGCCAGCGCCACAGCCAUCGAGGUGGCCGGCGGCCCCAAGAUUCCCAUGCGGUCAGUGCAGUGGGAGGGCAGCCAGCGAUGGGGGAGUGAGUGAUCUGUAUGUGCGUCGUUCGUGUGACGUGAUGAAUCAAUGGGGUUGUGCAGUUAUGGUCGUUUGGAUGCGUGGGCUCCGAAGAACUGUCCGAAGGAGGGCAACCUGCCGGCCGGUGGGGCCCCCUGGCCGGGCAGUGCCAGCACGCCCCAGCAGCACCUGCGGGACGUCUUCCACCGCAUGGGCCUCUCCGACAAGGACAUCGUGGCGCUCUCGGGCGCGCACACACUGGGACGCGCCUACAAGGUCAGAGGGAGGGAGGGAGGGAGAGAGGGAGGGAGGAGAAUGGUGUGGUGUGUGGUGUGCAGUUCCGCAGUGGGUUUGGUUUGGACGAGAAGGGUUGCAAGUACACGACCGGCAAGUGCCUCGUGCGCAAGGAUGGCAAGGAGGGACAUGGUAAGGUCUACCGCACGCACGGCACAGCACAGCACAGCACAAGCAGGUCUGUCUGUCUCCCUUGCCCAUCCGACUCUGUCUGUCGUUGUGUGCGUCUGGCUGACCAGGCCAGACGGACGGCGGUCAGUCCUGGACCCCCAAGUGGCUCUCCUUCGACAACUCGUAAGCACACACAGCGGCAUCGCACAGGGCCCACACAAGACCGACACGUCAGUCACCUUUUGCGCGCGCACACACGCUGUUCGUUCUUGUCAGCUACUUCACCUACUGCAAGCAGAAGGGCGGCGAGGACCUGCUCUCACUCGACACCGACCAGUGCCUCUUCGAAGGUCAGUCAGUCAAACCACUCAGCAACUCACAUGACAUGCAGUCAGGCAGGCACCCUGCUAUGUGUCCCUCCCCCCCUCCCUCCCUCCCUCCCUCCCCGUCCGUGUGUCAGAUGCGGCCUUCAAGCCCUUUGCCGAGAAGUACGCCACCGACGAGUCGGCAUUCUUCAAAGACUACGCCCAGUCGCACCACCUGCUGAGCGAGCUGGGCAGCAAGUUCUACCCCGCCGAGGGCAUCGCCAUCGACCCCCCCACCCCCGAACGACUCCGCCAGUGCAAAGAGGUGAGCACGAUGGAUGGCGGGGAUGGUCUGGUCGCUUACGUGUCUGUCGAGCGGAGCUCUCAUUUAUGCGCAUCUGUGUUUUUGUGGCUGCGCUGCGUGUGUCUUGUCUGCAGGCGCUGAGCAAGUUGAUUGACGAGAAGAACUGCCACCCCAUCAUGGUGCGCCUGGGCUGGCAUGACGCAGGCACAUUCACCAAGGCCAUCGGCGUACGCUACGCACAGCAUACACAACACAACCAACACCCCCACCCCAAAGACGCGAGCGACUCACUCAUCUUGUCUUGUCUGUUGGGUGACUGUUGCCCCCCCUUGCACUGCAGAUCGAGCACUGGCCUCGCUGCGGCGGUGCGAACGGGUCGAUCCGUUUCGAGCCCGAGAUCGCCCACGGCUGCAACGCCGGUCUGGCCAAGGCUCUGGAGCUGCUGCAGCCCAUCAAGAAGGAGUUCUUCGACGUGUCCUGGGCGGACCUCAUGCAGAUGGCCAGCGCCACAGCCAUCGAACUCGCGGGCGGCCCCAAGAUACCGAUGAAGUGAGACAGACGAGGACGUUCCGCCCUCAUCUGUGUGUAUGUGUGUGUGUGUGUACAUGUGUGUGUCAGGUAUGGGCGCAUCGAUGCCGUGUCUGGCCGCGACUGCACCCCUGAGGGCACGUUGCCUGCCGGCGGAGCCCCCUGGCCUGGCAAGGCCAAGUCGGCUCCGGAACAUCUGCGGGACAUCUUCUAUCGGUGAGUGAGGCAGGCAAAGAGAUAUUAGACAGACAGAUCCUGCCUGUCCGUGUGCCAUCCAUCCAUCCAUCAGCAUGGGUUUGGGCGACAAGGAGAUCGUAGCACUCUCCGGCGCACACACGAUCGGACGCGCUCGAACGGUACGUGAAGUGAAGUCCAUGCAGACCGGACCAGCCGAACACACACAUGGCGUGUGUGGGUGUGGGUGUGGUGUGGUGUGGGUAUGUGCAGGAUCGCAGUGGGUUUGGUGCUGGGGACGAGUGCACCAAGUUCACCAAGGGCGGCGCCAAGCCACGGGGCGACGGCAAACCCGGCAUGGGUCAGCUCAGUCACAGCACAACAGAAUAACAUUAUGGGGCAGGCAGCCGCCAAUGUGUCUGUCGCAUGUGCUGUGCUGCAUGUGUGUGUGUGCGCCGCGUCGGUCAGGUCACGCUGGCGGUCAGUCCUGGACCGAGAAAUGGCUGGCCUUCGACAACUCGUAAGAUUCAUGACAGACAGACCACGUGUGACCAUCGUGAGUGUGGUGUAUGUUGGUCCACCCGUGUCAUGGGUGCCUGCAGGUAUUUUAAGGUAGUCAAGGACAAGGUCGACGGCGACCUGCUCGCACUCGACACCGACAAGUGCCUUUUCGAGGGUCAGUUACGCCAGCCAAAUCACAUACAGAAUCUCGCUCCUGUCAAUGAAUGCCAUCCUCUCCUCCGUGGCUGGAUGUGAUGUGUGGUCAGAUGCCGCAUUCAAGCCCUUCGCCGAGAAAUACGCCGCGUCACAGGAUGACUUCUUCAAAGACUACGCCAUGGUCAGUGAGGCACAGCACCCCACACACCACACCACACACGCUCAUCUAUCAUAUCGGCACGUACGUGUCCCUGUCCGUCUGUCUGUCAGGCGCACAAGGCGUUGAGCGAGUUGGGGUCCAAAUUCAUCCCCGCCGAGGGCAUCAGCAUCGCGUAGACAGAUAGACCAUACACACACCGACACAGACAAGACAAGACAGAGGGGAGAGGGGGAGGCGACAGACAAACACACACGAACGUACACACGUGGUAGAGAAAGACUGACUGCUUUAGUUGGACGCCGGACAGGUCAGGUCACUCGCUGCCUGGCUGGCAUCUCUGUCGUGUUUACAGCAUACAUACAUAAUCACAUCACAUCACAUGGUGCAUGUAUGG